AUGUUGAAGGCAAUAGGACAAACUCUCUUCUCGACUGGACUGCAGAAUCCUAAGUUCACACUCGCUGAGAAACAGGGUCAGGACUAUGAGACUCGCACAUAUGAAGCAGCCACGUGGGUCAGCACCUCUUUACCUGAGAUGAACUGGGACUCUGCCAUGAGCACCGGCUUUCGGACACUUUUCAAAUACAUCGGUGGCACCAACCAGAAGAAGGCGAAGGUGGAGAUGACCGCUCCGGUGUCCUGUCUCGUGGAGCCUGGAGCAGGUCCGGCCUGUGAGUCCAAGUUCACGGUGUCGUUCUUCAUCCCUGCAGAGCACCAGGCCGCGCCCCCCGAGCCCACCGACCCAGACGUGUUCAUCGAGCACCGGAAGGAGUUCACCGCUUACGUCAGGACUUAUGGAGGAUUUUCCAAUGAGCAGAUGAAGCGGGAUGAGCUCCUGAAGUUGGUGGAGAGCCUGAAGAGAGACGGGGUGGAGUUUGUGGACCAGCCCUUUUAUAUGGCCGGUUAUGACAGUCCUUUCAAACUGACCAACCGCAGAAAUGAGGUCUGGAUCCUUCAAAAGCAGCCUGAAUAG